AUGUGGCGAUUGCAAGGUCUCUCUCAAUUCACCGGCGUGCUUCACGAGUUCAUAUUUUUCUCCCAUGUUAACAAAUGCGCUGAAACGAACUCAGUGGCUUUUGAUGCAGGUAUAUUGCAGCGCAGGUCGGAACUGGAGCAGUUACGCGCCUACAACUUUACGGUUGGCUUCAGCGAACAACUUGAUUUGUGUGGUAUCGGCGUGAUCCACUAUCUCGGCAUCCCAAAUCAUAUCUGGAUUUCUUCGUGCCCGAUGAUGGAAUCUGUUUCGUAUAAUCUUGGCAAGCUUAUUGUCUGCUCUCUUUCAGCUCUCAUUAAUUCCUUUGUUUCCAGCUCAUGA